CUGAAGUUAUAGAAAUACUAAGGUCCAGGGCACAUUAUAAUAACAUAAAAUAUGUUAUUUAAUUACUAAGUUCAGAUUAGCAAAACAUAAUUUGGAAGCAUAAAAUAAAAAUGAAAUUUAUUUCGAUAUUAGUAUUUAUAGCAAUUAAUUGUACUCCUGAAAUAAAAUCUUCAAAUAUAUUGAUUUUUGUACCUUCACCUUGGAAGAGUCAUAUUGUGUCAUUUGAACCAUUGUUUUUGGAAUUGGCACACCGAGGUCACAAUGUAACGGUGGUAUCAAAAUUUGCUGUGAAAAAUCCACCGCUUAAUUAUACACAAAUUGUUCCAAAAUAUAAGAUGGAUUUUGGAUCAGUAUCGGACAUUGUAAUGCAAGACAGAAACAAAUAUUUAUUUUUUUUCGAUGAAAUAUAUAUGCGAAAUGUAAUUGGUAUUAAUAUAACCAAAAAUUAUGUAUCCGAUCCAGUGGUACAAAAGUUUAUUAAAGAAGAUCAAACCAAGUUUGAUUUGGUGAUUAUAGAAUCGUUUUUCCAAGAUUGUACCGUAGCGAUGGGCCAUAAAUACGGUGCCCCCGUAAUUAGUAUCAUUCCGGUAGCGCCUUUUUUUACCGUCUCUCGCCAUGCUGCCAAUCCUUCAGAUUUUUCUUAUAUUAAAGAUUUUAAGUUGAACGCUGGCAAAUCACUUGACUUCCAAAGUAGAUCACUUAAUACUUUAUUUGGCUUAUACAGUUUGUUUAUUGAACCAAUCACGUAUAUCCCACUAUUAGAACAAAUAAUGGAUACGUAUUUUCAAUAUCCUGGAUAUGAAAACAGACCAACGAUGACAGAGAUGCUCGAAAAUAUAUCACUCAGCUUAAUCGAUUCUGAUGUAGCAAUUCUUAGUCCACGACCUUACGUUCCAAAUUUCAUCGAAAUUCCUGGUAUUCACAUACAACCUACAAAAAAAAUGUGUGAGACACUACAGAACUUCAUGAAUACAGCUACAGCUGGAGUUGUGUACUUAAAUUUUGGCACUAUAUUAGAUGUGGCUAGACUACCGAAACCUUCACUAGAAGUUUUGGUAAAUGUUUUGGGACGACUGGAACAAAAAGUUUUGUUCAAAUGGACUAAUAACGAUACUCAAGGAUUCCCAAAUAAUUUUUAUGUCGACUCUUGGUUUCCACAGUUAAACAUUCUGAGGCAUCCAAAUUGCAAACUUUUUAUUACACACGGAGGAGUUCAUGGCAUAAUGGAAACAAUAGAUGCUGGAAUUCCUUUUAUCGGAUUUCCCAUUUUCGGGGAUCAAUUCCAAAAUUUAAAAAUUAGCCAAGAAAAUGGCUUUGGGAUUAUUAGCAAUAUUCAUACAUUGAGUGAAGAAACUUUUGAAAGAGACGUUAAGCUAAUAUUGACUGAUACGAGGUUUACAGAAAAUGCAAAACGGAUGUCCACGAUAUUUCAUGAUAGACCGAUGUCAGCACUUGAUACGGCGGUUUAUUGGGUGGAAUACGUUAUUAGGCAUAAAGGAGCUCAUCAUUUACGUUCUACGGCUGUGAAAUUAACAUGGUACCAAUAUUUAUUAUUAGACGUUAUUCUAUUUUUUAUUAUAAUUGCAUUAUUAUUAAUUUAUAUUUGUUAUUUUAUAACUAAAUGUAUUAUGCGGUCAAUACUUAAAUUGUUCAUUAAACAGAAAACAGAUUAAUAUUUAGCAAAAUUAUACUCGUUUAAAU